GAGCUUCAUUAACAUAUUUAAAAAUAGAAAAUUACGAUCAAUCUGAGAUCCAUGAUAAAUUUGUUUGUUUUUUUGAUAUUCUGCUAUCCAUGCAACAAAUCUGUACUUGGAUGUAAUAAUUAUAAUGAAGUACGCUAACUUCAUUGCCAAUGUUAGGUUAUUUUCGUAGGUGAAGAAGCUGUUGAUGCAGGAGGAGUCCGCAAAGAAUUUUUCUUGCUUAUUAUGAGAGAGCUGUUAGAUCCCAAAUAUGGAAUGUUUAGGUAUAAUGAGGACUCAAGACUGAUCUGGUUCUCAGAUAAGACCUUUGAAGACAGUGACUUGUUUCAUCUGAUUGGUGUUGUUUGCGGACUAGCAAUAUAUAAUUUUACUAUUGUAGAACUUCACUUUCCGUUGGCUUUAUAUAAGAAGCUUCUGAACAGGAAACCUUCCUUGGAAGACCUCAAAGAGUUAAUGCCUGAUGUUGGCAGGAGUAUGCAACAGUUGCUAGACUAUCCAGAAGAUGAUGUGGAAGAUACCUUCUGCCUCAACUUUACAAUCACAGUUGAAAACUUCGGUGCCACAGAAGUUAAAGAGCUAAUUCCAAAUGGUGCUGAUAUCCCUGUUGUCAAACAGAAUAGGCAAGAGUUUGUGGAUGCCUAUGUGGACUACGUCUUCAAUAAAUCUGUAGCUUCUCUCUAUGAUGCAUUCCAUGAAGGUUUUCACAAAGUGUGUGGCGGUAAAGUUCUUCAGCUGUUUGAGCCGAAUGAACUGCAAGCAAUGGUGAUUGGGAACACAAACUAUGAUUGGAAAGAACUAGAAAAGAAUACUCAAUAUAAAGGAGAAUAUUGGGCAGAUCACCCAACAAUUAAAUUGUUUUGGGAAGUUUUUCAUGAGUUACCACUGGAAAAGAAGAAACAGUUUUUGUUAUUUUUGACGGGGAGUGAUCGUAUUCCUAUACUUGGGAUGAAGAGCCUUAGUCUAAUUAUCCAACCAACCGGAGGUGGAGAUGGAUAUCUUCCAGUAUCUCACACAUGCUUUAAUCUCCUUGAUCUUCCAAAAUAUACCAAUAAGGAAACACUCAGAUCGAAGCUGAUCCAAGCAAUCGAUCACUACGAAGGCUUCAAUUUAGUAUAACAUGUAAAUACCUAGCGCCAUGCAGUCAUUUAAUUGGGAACAUUAAGCCAAUGCUUCUAUCUGCUUUGCAGUGUCAAUGAGAGAUACCCAAGUUGUGAUGAUUAUAAGAGGCUGUUCAUAAACAUGUUCAGUGAUCUGAUUCUUUCAUGGCAGCCAAAAAUCCUUAUAUUAAUGAAUUGUCUUGAUGCAAACUCUGGAAUUGCAUUUUGCCAUCUUAACAAUAAAAAUGCAACUUUGGAAUAAAAGCUAAAGUUUCACUAACUAAAUUUUAGUAUUUCACAUAUUGCAAAAAUGACUUGCUGUGUGUGUGAAAGAUGUGCUUUUCUUUUCCAAUCACUGCAACAGUCAAAUAUUGAUUUUUCAUUUUGUUAAAAGUUUUUUAAAAAAACAAUAAAAUAUGCUCCAACAGCAGUAGAGUAUCUAUUGCUUUAUGGAAUUGGGGCUGCUUUGUUAAAACAAACUUAAAAUAAAUAGAGAGAGAAAGCAAGCAUAUCUUUGUCCACAUGUUGCUUGCUGAAGUUUGUUUGGGGGUGGGUUUGGUGAAAAGACAGUGAUUUGCCAUGAUACUAAGGAAAGUUUAUAUAGCAACUGUUUCAUCUUGAAACUAGUUCAGUUUCUUUUUAAAUGAAAGCUGUCAAGAGGAUGUCAAUGCUAUUUUGACAAUUCCUUCACAUGACCAUGGAGUUGUCAUUUGUUGACUAAAAUUAUGAAGGAUCCCUUUAUUAAAUUUUGAGAUUUGACCCAUGGUAACCCAAAUAAUACAGGAAUGUUU